AUGUCAUUAUGGUCGCCCAGUAUGUACGGCUUUGACGAAUCCUACGAGCCCGUCACUCCCCUAGCCAACAAGCCAUUCGAUCAAUGGUGGUUCCACGGCUACACCUACAAGCAACCACGCGAAGUCAUGUCCAUCUAUCCCGGCCGCGACCUCACAGUCGAGCUCGCCUGCUCAAAAUCCUACUCUACAUUCGGCAACUCUCCCAGUCCCGAUGGCUGUCCCGGCGACUCUGGCUCGUUCCACGCUGGCGGCGGAACGGGAUCCUCCAGCGGCUGGUGGGGCAACAGCGAGUCCAACCUUAUGGGCUGUGCUCUUGCUAUUGCGCCCAAGGCCAAGGCGUCGGAUGUCAGGCCCGAGGACUUUGUCGUGAUGAGCGUUCAGGAGAAUUGCGUCCGCCAACGCGACACUCCCUUUGCCAUUCCCGCCAACCUUCCGUCGUGUCCGGAUGGCGAAUGCACGUGUGCCUGGUUCUGGCAGGGGAAGAACUCGGCGGCGGAGAUGUACAUGAUUGGCUUCAGGUGUCGCGUAGAGAAUGGCAUGGCCACCGCUUUCCCUUCUCCCGCAAAGCCCAAGCGCGGUGCCAUCUCCGGACCAACGCAGCCAAUGUACUGGGCCAACGACCGCUCCAACCUGGACUACACCCCCGGCUGGGACGAUAGACCCUCCUACAACUCCAAAUUCGGUUGGCGGAACGGAGCGCAAACUUCUGCGUUUGCAGCCGGGAACGCCGGCGGCGGCACAACCCGGAGCAGCAGCACCCAAACCCGAACUUCAACCGGCUGGAACGACGACGCAUCCUCCACAUCCACUCGCGGUCCCCGCACCACUUCAACCAACUGGAAUGACAACAAAGCAAACUCCACUUCGAGCGGUAGCCGGCCUACCCAGUGGAACCAGCACCUCGCGGAGGGUACCGCAUCAUCCUCCACGACUACGGCUGCAUCCUCCACGUCGUCAUCUGCGGCAGCGCCGACAAAGACCAAAGUGUGCCGCCGGGGUCAUCUCAAGCGAAGGAGCCGGAAUCACAGCUGA